AUGACGGACCCUGCCGGUGAUGAUGAAGAAUCAGCAGCGCUUUAUAUCCCGUUUCUAACAGUUUUUGAGAUCGGAGAGUUGAGUUCGAAGUCUGGUGGAAUCGAAGUUUCAUCUAAGACAGCACCAUCGACCACAGAAUCAAAAGAGAAUCGACUCACGUUGAAUGUUCAUGAGCGUAUGACUCUCGAUCAAUACCACUACAGCAUUGUGGCAGAUACCACAAUCCGAGACCGUGAACAGGUCCUUUCUCGAUACCUGGAAUGGCGAAACAGUGGAAAUCAUCCGAUGACCCAUUCUCGCAAAGGGAAAACAGAAGUCGAGCCUUCCAGCGAACUAUCUCGGAAAGUUCCAGUGCUUUCAGUCGAUCAGCUGUGGCUAUGGAUUGUUGAUGACGCUACCAUUGUGACUACCAGCACAUGCGACUUUGAGUCCUUUGUCGAUCUCGUUUUGGAAGACCUGGUGUUCAGUGAGUCGCGGGGCAAGCAUCCGAGUCCGAGAACAGCUCCUGAAAUGAUGGAAACUAUUUUGAGAGUCAUCACGGAUCCGCAGAUGCAAAGUGUCAGCGUCAAAGGCAACCACAAUCCGAAGCAGCCCCUGGAGAUAUUUCGGGAUAUAAUUCAACUCGUGGCCGAAGAGAAAAUUAAAAUGACGAGAGCUUUCAUUGAAGAGGUCGUCGGGGCAUCGACUGGCGCCGAAGCCCUGCCCAGGCGGGACUUGGGCUUGGAGUUCCAACUACUGUACGAGGUCAAGGACAUCCAGAAUGAGUUGGAUAUCCUUCUCGCACUGACCAAAACACAAGAGUCGGUGUGCUCUUCAAGCUACCUUGCCUCAAUGGAGGAUCUUGCACCCUCUAUGCGCGCUCUGCGCAUAAAGAUACAGGCCGUGCAGCGAGAGGCUCAAAGCACACGAGAAUCAAUCAACACACUUCUGGAUAUCCGCCAGAAACAUACAGGUAACCAAGACGCCGAAUUCGGACGACAGCAGGCUUAUACCACCAUGGUCUUCACCAUUGUUACGAUUGUAUUUCUUCCCCUCUCCUUUCUUACAUCCCUUUUUGCACUUAACGUCGCCGUCUUUUCCGAAUCCCCUUAUCCCAAUCAGUGGAUCUUUCCCAUUCUGUUCGGGUGUUCCGCUGCCUUUUCCAUUUCAGCGAUUGUGGUCACUCUCAAUGUGAACGAGUUGGUGAUGAAACCAUAUUAUCGCUGGCGCCUCUCAUCUCGGCCGGAGCGAGACCCAUGGGAAGGGCGUCACCAGAGAAAGGAAGCCAAGGACGUGGACAAUCCACCACUGGAGACCGUCCCUCGUGGUGGAGGGAUGUUGAGUAUCGUUACAGCUCUGCAAAGAAUGGGUCCAUCUGGAGGUUCCUUGCUCGCCAUGAGAUUCAGAGAUAAAAAAAUCGGGGACUCAGAGGGGCGAGACUACGACACCUCUGUGUGA